AUGUUAAACAACAACAAGAUUACAUCACCAAACUUCAGGUGCACCAUGCACAAGCUAAAAGAAACAACGGAUUCUUUUCCUUCAAUCUCUCCCACAGUAGAACUUACUGUGGAUAGGGAUCAGACAGCUCCAACAAAACUUUCUAAAAGCAAAGUUACUAUUGGUAAUCUUCAAUCUCAAAAUAUAGAUGUUUUUACCAUCAAAUUAUCAUUUACAACUCCAUCCACUAUGGAACUUUCUCAAGAGUGGAGGUAUAUUAUUUAUUUUAGCAAAGGUGAUCGAAGGAAAACAGAUGUUCCUUAUCCUGCCUCUGCUCUCUAUGAAAAAGAAGAAAUGGUUAAAGCUCUCCAGUACAUCAGAGUUCAUCACACAAAAGAGCAACCGUGGAUCAUUAGUUCCAAAUCAUCCGGGAGAAAAUCCAAAGUAUGGAUGGGUGAAACAGAGGUUGAUGCUGAACCCGUGACCCUAUUAUUUUCUGGAGUCGUGUCUUUUGAUGACACUCCAAUAGUGAUCAAGGGAGAUGGUUCUCUUAGAAACAAGCAAGGUUAUUCUAAACUCCCCUUGAUGUAUAGAAAUGAAUUCAAGGACAAGAAUUUAUAUGUUCUCAUCUAUAGAAACGAUGAGCAUGUGGGUGAAGAUGGCUUUUGCUACGGUCUCUUCAAGUCCGAUGAUGCAUUUACUUGCGUCACGGAUUUUACUGUUGAGCCACAAACCCAAUCAAAGAGAAAAUCAAGACGAUCCAACAGCGAGAGCGAUGAUGAAAGUGAUGAGAUGGAUGAACAUGAUCGAUCAUCCAAGAACAAAAAGAAAAAGUCAGGUAAUCAGGAAAGCUCAAUAACCACCCUCACAAAGCUCAUAAUGGACCUCGAAACGAAAAGAGAAGAAAGAGAAGCCAAAAGAGAAGAGAGAGAAGCCGAAAGAGAAGCUGCCAGAAUGAAGUACGAAACGGAAAUGUUGAAACUCCUAACAUCAUUGAUACAAGAACAUAGACAAGAAAUGGAUAAAUCAACAACAUCUUCUCCAACGGUAAGGAGAAAAUCCCAAACUGAUUCUCAAAAUGGAAAAGCAGGACUCUUUUCUUCACAACAAUCUCCAUCAAGCAGUAGGCAUGCCAACCCGGGACAAAGGACAGACGUUCGUACGCCACCACAACAGAAUCAACAAAGUACUUUGUUGCAAACGGUCAGUAAUGAGGUCGGUACGCCAAGCGAGGAAGACCUGAAACAUGUCAACCUGUCUAGGGGGCAGUCCUAUUUUGACUAUGAAAGCCCUCCACAAUCCUCUUUUUACACCACAUCGUUUUUAGGUCUAUUUGCAGACCAAUAUUCUCUCAAAAAUCUUUAA